AAGCCAAGCGGCGUGAUGGCGGGUCGAGGCCGGCCCUGCGCGGCUUGGAGGCCGUGGCUUCCGCUCCUUUUGCUGCUCUCGUGGCGGGGCGGCGGGGCCCGGGCGGCGGCGCAUAUCAAGAAGGCCGAGGCCGCUUCUUCUUCUUCCUCGGAGGCCCCGCAUUACUUGGACGACGCCGAGCUGGGCGAGGCGCUGAGGCGGCUCUCUGAGGAGGAGGCUCCGCGAGGCCUGGCGCGGCGCUUCUCCAUCGGCCGCUCCAACCAGGGGCGCGAGCUGUGGGUGCUGCGCCUCAGCGAAGGCCUCCCGGGCGGGGACGGCGGCGGCGGGCCUCCCCUGGCGGGCCGCCCUCAGGUGAAGCUGGUGGCCAACAUGCACGGCGACGAAGCGCUGGGCCGGCAGCUGCUGGUGCGGCUGGCCCGGGAACUGGUGGCCGGCUGGGCUCGCGGGGAUCCCCGGACCCGCCUCCUCCUCAGCACCACCGACCUCUUCCUCCUGCCCAGCCUCAACCCGGACGGCUUCGCGCGAUCCCGGGAAGGGGAUUGCCAGGGAGUCGGCGGGCGGGAGAACGGACGGGGCCUCGACCUCAACCGCAGCUUCCCCGACCAGUUCGGCGCCGCACAGCCGGAUCUGGCCGCCGUGCCCGAAGUGCGCGCGCUGAUGGAGUGGAUGCGGCGCAACCGGUUUGUGCUUUCUGGGAACUUUCAUGGGGGAACCGUUGUUGCAAGCUAUCCAUUUGAUGACUCAAAGUCACACAAGUCCUCUGGAAUAUACAGUAAAUCAGCUGAUGACGAAGUUUUCAGAUACCUGGCCAAAGCCUAUGCUUCAAACCAUCCCAUCAUGAAAACGGGCACCCCAAACUGUCCUGGGGAAGAGAAAGAAACCUUCAAAGAUGGCAUCACCAAUGGAGCUCAGUGGUAUGAUGUAGAAGGUGGAAUGCAAGAUUAUAACUAUCUUUGGGCUAACUGCUUUGAGGUCACAUUUGAACUUUCCUGUUGCAAAUACCCGCCAGCUUCUCAGCUUGAGCAAGAAUGGCUGAAUAACAGGGAAUCUUUGCUCACUUUCAUUGAAAAAGUACACAUUGGAAUUAAAGGAUUUGUGAGAGAUUCGGUCACUGGGGCUGCCUUGGAAAAUGCAAGCAUUGCUGUGGCUGGGAUUGCUCACAACAUUACGACUGGACAGUUUGGUGACUAUUAUAGACUGUUGGUGCCUGGGACCUAUAAUAUCACAGCUUCCGUCUCGGGUUACCUGCCAAUCACCAUGGAGAACGUUGAAGUAAAGGAAGAAAAUGCAACCGUAGUGGACUUUUCCUUGCAUCCUACAGUCACAAUACUGACUUCCAGCCCCACCAAGGAAGCGCUGAUAACGACCAGCAACUCUCUUGACAAUGCAGCAACUACCUCUGCUGUAAACAGAACAACCUCUGCUCGCCAGGUGAUCCAGCCGGAUGAUUUUCGCCAUCACCACUUCCCUGAUAUGGGUAUCUUUCUGAGGAAAUUUGCCACUGAGUACCCAAACAUCACCCGACUCUACUCGGUGGGCAAGUCAGUGGAGCAAAGGGAAUUAUAUGCCAUGGAGAUAUCGGAUAACCCAGGCAUUCACGAAGCAGGUGAACCAGAAUUCAAGUAUAUUGCCAAUAUGCAUGGCAACGAAGUGGUGGGAAGGGAAUUGCUCCUCAACCUCAUCGAGUACCUCUGCAAGAACUACGGUACCGAUCCUGAAGUGACCGACUUGAUCCAAAAGACUCGGAUCCAUAUCAUGCCAUCGAUGAACCCCGAUGGCUAUGAGAAAUCUGUAGAAGGAGACGUAUCGGGAAUUUUCGGAAGGAACAACAGCAACAACUACGAUUUGAAUCGGAAUUUUCCAGAUCAGUUCAUCCAAAUCACCGAUCCCCUGCAGCCAGAGACCAUAGCGGUGAUGAACUGGCUGAAGACCUACCCUUUUGUGCUAUCGGCCAAUUUGCAUGGAGGAUCUCUGGUGGUUAACUACCCCUAUGAUGACGAUCGGCUAGGAGUUGCUACAUACAGUAAAUCCCCUGAUGAUGCUGUUUUUCAGCAGCUAGCUCUUGCCUAUGCCAAGGAAAAUGUGGAAAUGUUCCAGGGCCAUCCGUGCGACAACAUAUAUCCUGAUGAAUAUUUUCCUCGUGGCAUCACUAACGGAGCGGAUUGGUAUAACGUCCCAGGUGGCAUGCAGGAUUGGAAUUACCUGAACACAAAUUGCUUUGAGGUGACUAUUGAGUUGGGCUGUGUCAAAUAUCCCAAGGCAGAAGAGUUGCCAAAAUACUGGGAGAAGAACCGCCGGUCUCUGCUGCAGUUUAUCAAGCAGGUCCACCAAGGUGUCAGGGGGUUUGUUUUGGAUGCCACGGAUGGACGAGGCAUCUUGAACGCCACCAUCAGCAUUGCCAGCAUUGACCACCUUGUCUCCACCUAUAAAGCUGGGGAUUAUUGGCGCCUGCUGGCUCCAGGAACGUACAAGAUCACGGCAUCUGCCCGAGGGUAUAAUUCAGAGACAAAGAUGGUCAAAGUCGAAGAGAACAAUGCCCCACAAGUCAACUUUACUUUGAAUCGCAAAGGCCCCAAAGUUGAAGAAGGGUCAGCACCGCACGUGAGCAUGGCGGACUCCAACGGGCCGGUCACCAAGGAAUUAGAAACCCUGAUCAAAGACCUCUCAGCAGAGAAUGGCUUGGAGCAUCUCCUCUUGGCUUCUUCAGCUGAUGUUCAGCCUUCGCGUUACCGUCCCUACAAAGAUCUGUCUAUGUUCCUCAGAGGCUUGAAUUUGAAUUAUCCUGAAAUCACGAAUCUUGUUAGCUUGGGCCAGAGUCGUGAGAUCCGUCACAUAUGGUCCCUGGAAAUCUCUAACAAACCCAACCAGUCUGAGCCAGAAGAGCCGAAGAUUCGUUUCGUUGCCGGCAUCCAUGGAAACGCCCCUGUCGGUACCGAGCUGCUCCUGGCUCUGGCAGAGUUCCUCUGCAUGAACUACAAAAAAAACAUGGCUAUCACAAAGCUGAUUGAGAAGACAAGAAUAGUGAUUGUUCCGUCCCUAAAUCCAGACGGGCGUGAGAUUGCCCAGGAAGGCGACUGUACCUCCAAACUGGGACAAGCCAAUGCCAACGGCAAAGAUCUGGACACCGACUUUACAAGCAAUUCCUCUGCGGCAAGGGAACCUGAGACCAAAGCCAUCAUGGAGAACCUGAUACAGAAGCAGGACUUCAGCCUCUCCGUUGCCUUAGACGGAGGGUCCCUCCUUGUUACUUACCCGUAUGACAAACCAGUGCAGACAGUGGAAAAUAAGGAAACUAUGAAACAUUUGGCUUCUGUCUAUGCAAACAACCAUCCUACGAUGCACCUAGGACAGCCAAACUGUCCAAACAAAUCAGAUGAGAACAUCCCGGGAGGCGUGUUGCUCGGAGCACAGUGGCACAGCCAUCUAGGGAGCAUGAAGGAUUUCAGUGUCACGUAUGGGCAUUGCCCAGAGAUCACAGUAUACACCGGUUGCUGUUUCUUCCCAAGUGCAGGACAGCUCCAUACUCUGUGGACAGAGAAUAAGAAAUCUCUUCUCAGUAUGCUGGUGGAGGUUCACAAAGGAGUCUAUGGCUUUGUCAGAGACAAGCACGGCCGGCCAGUGUCCAAAGCCCAAAUUGUGUUCAACGAAGGGAUAAAAGUGUGCACCAAGGAAGGCGGCUACUUCUAUGUGCUUCUCGCUCCAGGCUAUCACAAGAUCCACGCCAUAGCGGAAGGCUAUCAGCAGCAGCAUGUCCAGGUCUUCGUUCGCCACGACAUGGCCAGCUUCCUGCAUAUACAGUUUGACAUAGACAACAAGAUCUUUGGCCUUCCAAGAGAGUUGGUGGUUACAGUAGCAGGUGCCACCAUGUCAGCUGUGAUCCUUACGGCUUGCAUCAUCUGGUGUGUGUGUUCCAUCAAGUCCAACCGGCACAAAGAUGGCUUCCACCGCCUACGGCAGCACCACGAUGAUUACGAGGAUGAGAUCCGCAUGAUGUCCACCGGCUCCAAGAAAUCACUCCUGAGCCACGAAUUCCAGGACGAAACGGACACCGAGGAGGAAACAGUUUACACCAGCAAACACUGAUCUUUCCCGUGGCAGGGGGUUCCCCUGCCGAGACACAUUUCGCUAACCUGAGCAUCGUCCCCAGCCAGCGGACGUAAAACGCAUGACCUUCCAAACCUCAGUUCUUGGUUCCAGGCCAAUUUCUGCUUCAUGCGCAAGAAGGCCCCACUGGACGGCUGGCUGUUCUUCUGUUUGGAAUCGGAAGUGGACCCCUUCAGCAAUUUAGCUAGGGUAAAACGGACACUCUGAUCAUGGAAGCUGCCACGGAAAAGCUGUGGCUUUUCUAGUACUUUGAAAAAUUUCCCUUUAAAAUCUUCUGAAUGCUACUUGUGGGUGGGGGGGGAAAUCCACAAUGGCCACCAAGGUUUGGUCUAAGCUGCUUAUCCACUGCAGCCUAUGGACAGUUGGAACUUUCUUUCUUUCCUGCCUGCCUGGAACAGUUUUCAGGGUUGGUUGCGAAGGCAUUUUUUUUCUAAAAAAACACAAAUUUAAUCCUCUUAAUUAUGGAGAGUAAAACUCCUUCUGCUGAGAAUGGCUUCAGGUCAGGUCUUCUUUGCAGAUGCCGUCUUGCAAAUCUGUGUUGAGAUACGGGAUGAUCUUCCUCUCCCAUUGAGGUUGCAUCUGUUGUUGUUGUUUUUAAAAAAACACAACACUUACUUUAAUUACCUUACACAGACCGUGGGGGGGGGGGAAUUUCUGCUGGUUUUCUUUGGGAAUAUAGAAUAGCAGGAGGUGCAUUUCUAUAUGGAGAGCGAAUAACUCCUGAUAAAGCCUAGUACUAAUAGGAGAUUGAAAUUUCAGCUUGGUGCCAAAUGUUGUUUUGUAAUUUAUUUCUGGAGUCUGCGGAAGCAUCCAGGGAACUGGUUUGUUCGACGGGGGCUGCCAGUCUAGAAAAUAACUUUCUGUAAGAAGAACAUGUUCUGUUCUUUGAAAGCAUCCGGCUGCUUUUUCAGGAAAAUGCCUUGUUUCUUUCCUUUUCAACAUGAAGUCGCUUAAAUGGCAGUCGCUGCUCUUCUGCCAAGACUGAAAUUUGUGUGGAAUUAUGAUGUUCUCAGAUUCUUCUUCUUCUUCUUCUUCUUCUUCUUCUUCUUCUUCUUCUUCUUCUUCUUCUUCUUCUUCUUCUUCUUCUUCUUCUUCUUCUUCUUCUUCUUCUUCUUCUCCUUCUCCUUCUCCUUCUCCUUCUCCUUCUCCUUCUCCUUCUUCUUCUUCUUCUUCUUCUGAACUUUUGUGCCCCGAAUAUCUAGUGGGUCUGUUUAGGAAGGAAGGUGGCACAGUGUGUUAUUUGGUCCUCACAUUAUAUGGUUGUAUAAGUUUAGCCUUUUAUUCUUGUAGCACUUUGGUGUGAAAUGUUAAAAAGAGGGGCUUAAAUGUUUGAGAAAAGCAAGAAGCUGUUGUACAGCUGAUUAAGUACUAGUGUUGGACUAGAAAACCAUGUUUAAACGAGAUCAUUUUCCUGUUUAUGCCUCAGGGAGUUGAAUUCCACCAUUCCUUGAUUAAGGUAAGACACGUUGGAUUAGAAUAUAGAUAAAAACAUGAUCUGCAACUCCAAAGAACUGGAUCUAUUAUAGAGAAUCCAUUUUGGUUCUUGUUACUACCCCAAAGUUUAACCUCAGACUCCUCAAAAUUCUUUCCUGGUCUCUUAAAACUUGCCAGAAAUGGGGACAAUGACUUAUUUUGAUGGCUUAUCCAGAGGCUUGGUUGUUACUAAUAAGGAUUUCUCAAAAUAGUUUUAAUUCCCUUUUGGAAUGUCAAAUCCACUUUAAAACUGGGGCAUUAUAAUAAUGUUGGAUUCUGGUCGUCAUUCCCAGGAAAUUCAUCGACAUAAUAUAAUACAUUUUAGCUAUCAAGACGCUAAACGUUUAGGCUGGGUUGUUGAUCGCACUAGGAAGUAGAACAAAUUGUAGGACUUAACCUUUAAAAUCAUCAAGUUAAAUGCAUUAAUUUUAUCCUUUAGCCGCUCAUUCUGGAUUCAGUUCCUUUUGGCUCCCUCCCAUCUGCUAGAAAGUGUGCAGUACUAAAAACCAAGUGCCUCAGUCUGUUAGCAUUAUCCAUUUAUCUUAGUAUAGCCAUGCCAGUAGAUUGUCCUCUAAGGUUCAAGCGAUGCUACCCCGGUCAUGUUUCUGCUUUAAUUCAACUUCGCUGCUUCUGGUCCAAUUAGCCGCAAGAGCUUUCUUUGAAAUGAAGUUGGGUGGUAACUGACUCCAAACCCCUAGCUGCUAUUUUGGGGUCGGAGUGGAGGGAAGGCAUAGGUUUCUUUAAUCUAUAUUGCAAUGUACGUUAUCCUCUUCAUAGCCCAGUCCAAAAUUUUAAAAAAAGGAAAGCAGUUCAUCAUCUCUGGAUGAAAUUUGCCAGCAAUAACUAGCGUGUUGAGUACCAGCCACAGAUCUUCUUUUAUAUUUUGUAUAACACCGAGAGUGGCGGAGAAGAAUAAAUUGCAGCUACCUGCG